CAGUUGUCAGUUACUGUCAGAAUCGUUUUAGUUUUGUGUAAAAAUACGAAACGUAAAUUAAAAACAAUCGAUUAGAAAUUCCACUUAUUUUCAAACAUUCUGCUGAAAACUCACCUAAUCCCGCUACAAAAUGGGGAAAAAACAACAUCAAAAAGAUAAAAUGUACCUAACGUACACGGAGUGGUCCGAGUUCUAUGGUGGCCACAAAACGGCCUCGGUCGAGAACGAACAGAUCAAGUUCAAGCGCCUCCCGUUCGACCACUGCUGCCUAUCGAUGGUUCCGUUUGAGCACCCGUACUGCGACAAGGACGGCAAUGUGUUUGAGCUGCAGGCCAUCGUCGAUUUCGUCAAAACUUUCAAGGUAAAUCCGGUAACGGGAGCGCCCCAGGAUGGCAAAUCGCUGAUCAAGCUGAACUUCAGCAAAAACCACGAAGGCCAGUACCACUGUCCGACGUUGUUUAAACCGUUUACGAAAAAUUCACACAUCGUGGCCAACGGUAAGACGGGGAAUGUAUUUUCCUACGAAGCCAUCGAACAGCUCAACAUCAAAGCCAAGAAUUGGAAGGACCUGCUGGAUGAUACUCCUUUCACGAGGAAGGAUUUGAUUACGAUUCAGGACCCGGCCAAUUUGGAAAAGUUCAACAUCAGCAGCUUCCAUCACAUAAAGAAAAAUCUGAGGGUUCAGACGGAAGAAGAGCUGGCAGAGAAGAAAGAUCCCCAGGGAAGACUGAAAACGAUUUCGAUGGAAACCAGAGAAAUUUUGACCCAACUGGAAAAGGACUACAAAGCCCCCGAGGAAAAAGUCGUGGAGCAUAAGGUGGCGGACAAGUUCAAUGCGGCUCAUUACUCAACGGGAGCGGUGGCCGCUGCUUUCACUUCGACCUCGAUGGUCCCGGUUCUGAAUCACGAAGCGGCCAUAAUCGAAGAGGAUGUGAUCCGAUACGAAAGGGUUAAGAAGAAGGGCUAUGUCCGGUUGCUGACCAACUUUGGCGCGUUAAAUUUGGAGCUGUACUGCGACCAGGUCCCGAAGACUUGCGAAAACUUCCUGAAGCACUGCCAGACCGGGUAUUACAAUGGGUGCUUGUUUCAUCGAUCGAUUCGGAAUUUUAUGAUCCAAGGCGGUGAUCCGGCUGGCGUUGGGAACGGAGGAACGUCGAUCUGGGGGAAGAAAUUUGCCGAUGAAAUUCGUCCGAAUCUGACCCAUUCCGGGCGGGGGAUCCUGUCGAUGGCCAAUUCGGGACCGAACACCAAUGGAUCACAGUUCUUUAUAACGUAUCGCUCGUGUCGCCACCUAGACGGAAAACACACAAUUUUCGGCAAACUGGUCGGAGGUCUGGAAGUUCUCACCGAGAUGGAACGCGUCGAGGUGGACAAUCGAGAUCGACCGAUUGAAAAUAUCUUCAUACAGCGUGUGCAGGUAUUCGUAGAUCCAUUCCUAGAGGCGGACGAAGAACUAGCCAAGCAACGUUCGGAUGAAUUGGAGCGCGUGCAACGAGAAGCGCAAGAGAAACAGAAGAAAACGGCUAGAGCUCAACCCUUGAAGGUGUUCCGCUCCGGCGUCGGCAAAUACCUGGAUAAAGAUGUUACAAAAAGGCUUGUCGAACCGGAAGCGUCUACCAGCGGAGCGGACCCCACGUUGACGAAAAAGCGCAAAAAGGAGGAAACAAUUAGCAAAUUAGGUAACUUUAACUCAUGGUAGAUUACAAGCUUUAUAUUUAUGCACUAUACACUA